AUGUUCGCAAUCCAAUCCCCCCAAACACCCUUCCGCCAAACCCAAUACACACCAACCCACUCCUCCCCUCUCACCAGACACACCAUGUCCCCAACGCGCCAAAGCGCGUCGCAAAGCACCCCAAACCUCUUCACCAACCCACCCCCAAUCUUUAACAUCCAAACCGAACCAAUCACCCGCCACACCCAAACCAACCACUCCCCAAUCGCAAUGAACUUCAAUGCGUCCGCCUCUGCCUCAACAACACCAACCUCAAACGCAUUCUCCUCAAACCCCUUCUUCACCCAACCCCAAACCUCCCCUAGUACCCCAACACGCCAGAAACCCAAAUACGAAGCCCGCUACGCCUCCAUCGCAAAUCCCCUUAAAGAUGCAGCGAGUCUGGCGCGCUCGAAAACGCGUAAGAUGUUUCUUAAUCGCGUGCGGCAUGAGCGUGACGAUGGACGGUUUGAGGCGCGUGGGGAGCAGAUGAUGCGUAUGGAACAUCUUGCUGAUCGGAGGCGGUGGGAGGAGAGUAUGGCGAGGGAUGGGGAGGGGGUUGUUGGGGGGUUUGAGGGGGAUGAGGAUGAUAUGCUACCUGAUGAUGCUGAGGCGCUUGAUGAAUUUAUUUCACAGGAGGAGGCUAUGGAGAUGGCGCUGAGGGAGACGCAGAGUGGUGUUCCUGGGAGGGUUGAGCAUUUACGGUCCAAUGGACCGGGUGUGUUGUUUAGUGACGAUGAGUAUGAUGAUAUCUUUAUGGGGUUGUCAGAACCUCGAGGGCAUCAGUCGCAGUCGCAGGAUAUGGAUAUGUCAUGA